GUCAGUGUUGCAUUUAAGUCCCGCGGCACUUCCUCCUCUGGACUGAGAGAAAAGUUUUUUGGGGGUUGCAAUCAUGUCCGACCGAGCCGCUUUCGACACCAAUGUGGUCACCGUAACCCGCUUCGUCAUGGAGGAGGGCCGGCGGGCCAAGGGGACCGGGGAGCUCACCCGGCUGCUCAACGCGCUGUGUACGGCCGUGAAGGCCAUCUCCAGCGCGGUGCGUAAAGCCGGCAUCGCUCACCUCUACGGCAUCGCAGGCAGCACCAACGUGACGGGCGACCAGGUGAAGAAGCUGGACAUCCUGUCCAACGACCUGGUCAUCAACAUGAUCAAGUCGUCCUUCACCUCCUGCGUGCUGGUGUCGGAGGAGAACGACACCGCCAUCAUCGUGGACCCCGACACGAGGGGCAAGUACAUCGUGUGUUUCGACCCGCUUGAUGGCUCCUCCAACAUUGACUGCCUGGUCUCCAUCGGAACCAUCUUUGCCAUCUACAAGAAGGCCAUGGAUGACGAAGAGCCUUGCGAGAAAGACGCCCUGCAACCCGGCAGGAACCUGGUGGCGGCGGGAUACGCUCUCUAUGGCAGCGCUACCAUGAUGGUGCUCUCCACUGGACACGGAGUCAACUGCUUCAUGCUCGACCCAGCCAUCGGAGAAUUCAUCCUGGUGGACCGGGACGUGAAAAUCAAAAAGCGGGGCAAGAUCUACAGCUUGAACGAAGGCUACGCCAAAUACUUUGAGCCGGCCGUCACAGAGUAUUUGCACAAUAAGAAGUUUCCUCAGGACGGCACCGAGCCCUACGGCGCCCGAUACAUCGGCUCCAUGGUGGCCGACGUGCACCGGACGCUGAUGUACGGCGGGAUCUUUUUGUAUCCCGGCAACGCAAAGAGCCCCAAGGGAAAGCUGCGUCUGCUCUACGAAGGCAACCCCAUGGCCUUCAUCAUCGAGCAGGCAGGGGGCGCCGCCUCCACGGGCUUCGAGGACAUCCUGGACAUCCAGCCGGAGAGCAUCCACCAGAGGGCCCCCGUGGCCAUGGGCUCCUCCGACGACGUCGCAGACUACGUGGCCAUCUGCCGCAAACACGCCGCCAAGGCCAAGUGAGGUUCGCCCCACUUGGCGUCCACUUUUCAGGGAAGGAGAACGUUCUUAAAUUGUAUUACCUUUUUCAUUCAAAAUAUGUCUGCAUUAUAUUGAGAUAUUACAUAUGGUACAUACUGUACAUGUAUGUAACUGAAGGACUUCAUGAAGAAAAAUACACCCCACAAAUAGAAAUACAACACAAAAUUGUUUAAGCCUUAAAGCGGCAAUGUCUGUAUUCAAUGCAGGUGUAUCAAUACGAUGUUGUAGCAAAAAAUGUAUACAUCACAAUACUUGUUGCUGGCCUAUUGAUACUGUAUCAUAAUAGACAACAUAUGCUACAGUACAAUAUCAGUAUUUGAUUUCGGUGUGUCAAUACUGUAUUGCAAGAAAUAAAGAUUUGAUAUUUACGACA